GAGCACAAGGUAGCAUUUUCACCUAAAAUUAUAGCCUUCAGGAGUCUACCAAUGGUUAAACAAGUCAAUAGUGAGCGAAUGAAGCCAGUCUCGCUCCCAACAGGGGUCUGUAAGCUGAAAACCCCAUAUGUAAGUUUUGGCCGCGCGGUCCGCUCUCAGGUGUCGUGACGAAUCGAGAUUGCUUUACGUCACUUAGCCAGGCCCCUCUCUGCCAGGCUAGUUAUUAGCUAGUUUCGUAGCCUGCUAGCUGCUACUACCGGCAGUCACUCGCGUCUGGGGAGCGGUGAAGAGUGUUUGGGUCAUGGCCGAGCCACCAAGGAAGACACCGAGAACAGAGGAGCAAAUACAAAGGAAGAGGGUACGAGACAAAGAAAGGGGUCGCACCCGUGUGAACAUUGGGAAGGCAUUUUCUGAAUGGAGAGAGUUGAUGGCUAAAGAGGGACACAGAUCCGACGCAGAACUGGCAGCCAUGCUCUUGAACUUCUACAAGAAGGUGCAUGUGGUAUCAACACCAAGCAAGACGCCGCCUAGGCCACCCGUAGCAGUCUCAAGCAUCAGCGGGGGCUCGGAUCGUGACCAGGACAUUCCUCUAAACGUUCCUGAUCUCGGUGUUCAGCCGUUGCCUACAGAGCAAGUUGUGGAUCUGGAUGCAAGCAUGCAUUCUCUAACCUUAGAAGAACACCCUGAGUGUCCAGAGGAAGAGGUGGGGGAAGACCUGAGAAACACAAUCAUUGAGUUUGAUGACUUCGGAUCUAGUCCAGCUCAGAUGGCUCUGGAAGGAGACAGCUCUGAUGAAGAUUUUGUGCCUUCUCUUCGUCUGAGAGUCGCUGGGCAUGCAGUCGGUGAGCUCGCAGAAAUAACCAUGGAGGAGGCAGUGGUAGACAUUGACCUGCCAGAGGAGCCAGAGGACUCUGCAUCGGCAUCCGACUUCAUCGCACAUCACCACAAAGUCCUUUCUGAAGAUGACCUUGUUGGAAAAAGGGCCAACAUCGCAUACAACGACAACCUGCUUGCUCUUGCUAAAUACCUGCAACUGCCAGUACAACAGUGCACUUUUGUUGACAAAGUGCUAGGAGUGCCUUGCUCAGCUAAAACACCCUUCACAGUUACCUUGACACCCCGUGGGACAGGUGUUGUGUUGGAAUGGAUAUGCCCAUUUGGACACUCCAUAUGGAAAUGGAAUUCUCAGCCAACACUGAAGUUUGGAAUGCAGGGGGGUGACUUCAUGCUGUGCACAAACAUUCUGUUGUCUGGGAAUAACUAUAGAAAAGUUGCCCUACUCUUCAAGUUCAUGGCAAUGGGGAUGGUCUGUGAAUCAACUUUCUUCAAAGUCCAGGAUACAUACUGCAUUGAGCCAGUGGAAGAGUACUGGGAGAAAACCAGGGGAGAAGUCCUAGACCGUCUAAGACAGAAGGAUCAUGUUGUUGUCCUAGGUGAUGGCAGAAUGGACUCUCCUGGUCAUUGUGCACAGUAUUGCACAUAUACAACAAUAGAGCAAGACUCAAGAGAUGUGGUCCACAUUGUUUCAGUCGACAAACGCGAAACAAGAAGAAACUCUGUCAUCAUGGAAAAGGAGUGCUUUGUUCGGACGAUGGACGCUCUACUUGAAGAGCUGCCUAUAAAGGAAGUUGUCACUGAUGCCCAUCCACAAAUCACCGCGUUGCUACAUCCAGAACGUGGUAAAUACAAAGACAAAGGGAUCCUCCACUCAUUGGAUAUAUGGCAUGCAGCCAAAAGUCUGAACAAGAGGCUUCGACGGGUUGGAGCAAACCACAAAGAUGUUGUUCCAUGGAUCAAGGACAUUGUGAACCACUUUUGGUAUUGCAGCAAGCACGCCAACACCGUGGAUGUGUUCUUGACAAUGUGGCGUGGUGUUGUAUGCCAUGUGGUGAACAAGCACUCCUGGGUUGGAGGAGAAUGUGAACAUCUCCCACUGGAUGAAGGCAGCCAGAAUAAGCCCUGGCUCAGAAAAGGUGGAGCUGAUCACGAGGCACUCAUCCUAGUUGUGCUGGACAAAAGAUGGCUGGCCCAGGUGAAGAAGUUCCUAAACUUCCGGACCACAUCUGACUUGGAGAACUUCCAAAACCACAUACUGAUGUAUGCUUCCAAGCGCAUGUCGUACACGCCUUUUGUCUACAAGACCCGGACUCUACUGGCCGCCAUUGACUACAACAAGCAUAAUGGACGUCGCCCUGCACACAACCGGGAAGGGAAAAUAAUCUACAGGCGCAAAUACAGCAAGAAGUCAGAGCACUGGAGCGUCUACGCAGUGAAGGAAACAAAGCAAUACUCCUACAUUCCGGACCUGCAGAGGGCCAUUGUGAAGAGAAGACUGGAAAGCGGGACAGGCCUUCCCCGAAAACAGACAAUGAGACCAGACGACCCAAGGCGUUUGGGAGUACUUGCCAAGGAGCAGCCGCCACCUACAGCAGAACUCGUAAGGAUCCAGGUGUCUCGAGGGGACAGGAGUCCCAGACAACAGGAUGAAGAUGAAACUACUCAAGCUAAUGUUUAGU